AAAAGUAUUAGUGGGGGAGGUUGGAGAUUUCAGGCUCGAGUGAGCUGCUGUGAAGAGACCCUGUAAUAGGAGUUCUGCUGCAGCCACCCCCACGUGUGUUCAGAAAUGAUGUGCAGAAAUGAGGGAAGUGUCCAAGUCUGAGCCUGUGCUGCUCUUUUGGAAAUUUGCAAUUGCCUAGGGAAGCAUCCUCUGGAUAGGCAAAUCUCUGUAGGGUGGAAUAAUUCACCUGAGAAGACAAUUCAAACUGCAAAACGUGUGUAAGGAAGAGAGAAAAAAACCUGCUUUUUUUGUUGUUGUUGUUGGUUUAAGCACUUCCUCUGUUUGCCUUGCUGUUCAAAUAAUGUGAUCACCGAGUUGCAUGCACUGAUUUUGCCAACUGUUUACACCACUCCUGGGUUCUGUUUGCUCUGUAUCCAGAGCAGCAGCAACCUUUGUCUCCUGUGAGAUGGAUAUUGGGUUGUUUCUAGAGCACCUUCUGCCUCUGGAGGAGUUGAACAUUGGCAGAAAUUUGCCACAGUUAUUGCAACUGAAGGUUCUGACGUGUUUUCCCUUUGUCCCAGUAAAGUAUUACUGGGAUUUCCUAGGAAUGGACUCACAGGUAUGCCUGGGCUGCUCUUUCCUGUGUCACAGUAGACAAGGUCAGAAUGUUACCUCAGGAUUCAGAAAUAUGCUUGUGUCUUAUAAUGGAGUAUUUGUUCAUAGUUGCUUUAAAUUCCCAUGGGGAAACUGAUGUUUUCUCUGUGAAUCAUUUCUGGCAGCUGUACCUAUCCUUCCCUGGAAUAAUUAUGACCUAGACAGCAUCAAGAGAGGAGUAUUUGCUUCAGUGAGUGAAACAUUUCCACUUAGGAAGUAAAUAAUGCUGCUCUGGCAAGGUUCAGCCUGCAAGAGCACUGUAAUUCAUCUCAUAAAGGUUUUGAACAGUCCUUUAUUCUUGUUAUGCAUCUCCCCUGCAGAGCAGAUGGGAAUGCAGAAUGCAUUUGGUGCAUUCUUGUGUGGAAAAUGGAAUAUUCACAUUAGGAAGACGGCCUCGGAUCAGCCAGCAAGGGGCUGGUGGGGUCUUUGCAGCCCAGACAACCCCCUUAACUGGAAUUCAGCAUCACAGGAGCACACUGAGCUAGAGCAGCAUCCAGGGGUGGUGGGAAGGGGCACAACGUGGGGGUUUGCCCUGUCUGUAGGUCCCACCUUUCUGGGCCAAGGUUGGUGCUGAGCUCCUGGACUGCUCUGUUCAGGUCACCAGCUGUCACGUGCCAGCCUGCCCCGCUGUUUCCAGGUGGCAAGGGAUUAUCCUCCUUUGUACUGCAGAGACUUCAGUUUUGUGGGUUUGUGGCACAGCCUGGAAUGUUCUUUUGCGACGGACAAUUGCUGGAACUGGCACUUCCUUCCUGGAAAUGCUGGGAGUUGUGAUGGAGCCUGUGCUGUUUCAUUCAUGCAUUCAUUCCUGGGGAGAGGAAGAAGAAGGUCCAGUGAAAUGGGAUAAAACCCUUUAGGCUGGGAAGUGUCACUCUGUCCUCAUGUAAGAUAUCUUGUGGUAUUUAUUGUUUCCUUCCCUAAGCAUGCAAUUCCUUUUCCCUCUGUUAUUACCUACCCCACCUACCCCCCUGUUCACUCGGACUAAAACAGGAAGGAUGGUGGUGGUUGUUUUUAAGGAAAAGGCCUGUAGGAAUAACUGAGCUACAUUUCUCUUGCACCUUUGCAUUGUUGGCUGCUCCCAUUUGUUUUCUCAGGCUCUCGACUGGUUCACAGCAGCCUUUAAAAAAAGCAGUUCUGCCUUUUAGUUGAAGGAAUAAAUAGUCCACUUUAGUCAUCUCUGAUCCGGAGGAAGAGGGGGAUCACACAAAUCUCAUUAGGCCCUGCAAUGCUUUCUGAAAAGGAUGUUCUUUGAUGAUUCCUGCUUUCAUAAAGGCAGUAAACACUGGUGCACCUCCAGCUCAGCAAUGUUACAUCCACCUCCACUGCUCUCAGUGAGAGUCGCCCGAGGCAUCUUUUGGUGAUGAUUAGAAGGAGAGAUGACGGGAGGUUCACGAGGACAUCUGGGUUUGAUGUUGCUCUCGUGUGACAGUUGUCUGGAUGUCACAGCCACGCGCGGCAGGAAAAGUCUGAAGCUGCAGAGGUGCUGAAGCUGAGCAGGAAUCGGCCUCUCUCUGCACGCCGGGAACAUGAUUUUGCAUCAAGCGACUCCCCCGCACGUUCAGUCGGGGCUCUGGGGCUGGAGGAAGGGCUUAUUUUUAGGUUCUUGGUGGUUUCAGUUGCUUUACUGGGUGGGUGGGGGCAUCGACAACACGUCACAGGGCCCGGAGCUGCUCCUCUUGCUGUGUCUGAGCACAUCCCUGAGCUGGGCCAGGAUUGUCACCCUGACACUUGUCACCCCGGGCUGAGCUGCUCUGUGUCGUGGCAGUGGGUGAGGGUUGCUUUUGGCACCUGCACUCUCUGGCCCUUGGCAUUCUGUUGGGUCUCAAUUUUCAAAUUUUUGAGGCAAUAUUGGAUGUUAUGGAGGGGGACCCAGCAAUAUCACAGUAGAUUUUUUCCAGGUCCUAAAUGUUGAAAGCCACGCUCUUCUUCUCUGUCUUGCUGUUGUGGUAAAGAGAGAAACCAGGGUUUGAUGAUCUGAUUCAAUUCAAAAUUGAGGAUGUGAUGCAUCUGUGUGGUAUUCACCUCAUUUACCCAUUGCCAUGGCAACAGUUGGGAAGGCUAUCCCAAGCUUUAACUGAUCCCAGCACAAAAUCUGCUCUGCUUGUUGCAGGUAAACAAUAAUAGCCCUUCCCUGUUCCUGCUCAUUGAUAAAUAGCAGGGAAAGACUGAAAUUUAUCUGACGUUGGCAAUGUUUUUAAAAACCGCAGGGAAAACAGACAAACGUUUCUUUCAAGUGCAGUUUUCAAACUUCCUGUAUCCCCAAACCGAAACCAAAACUAACUUUGAGGGCAAGUGAAACUCCCCCCUGCAGGGUUAAGGAUGAAGUGCAGUGAUAAGUGAUGAGGUGCACAUGAAGGGUCUUCCUGAAAAAUAGGCGUGCUGACCAUGCUGCUGCCCGUGCCCGAGCCCCGGCGAGGGGCAGAGCUGUAGGGGUUGCCGAGCACAUCCAUGGACGUGGAGCCCUGUGCCAGCAUGCAGGUGGGCAUGCGGGUGGUGCGCGGCGUGGACUGGAAGUGGGGCAGCCAGGACAGCGGCGAGGGCAACGUGGGCACCGUGGUGGAGAUCGGCCGCGCCGGCAGCCCCACCACCCCCGACAAGACCGUGGUGGUGCAGUGGGACCAGGGCAACAGGACCAACUACCGCACGGGCUUCCAGGGGGCCUACGACCUGCUGCUCUAUGACAACGCCCAGAUUGGUGUCCGUCACCCCAACAUCAUCUGCGACUGCUGCAAGAAGCACGGCAUCCGUGGCAUGAGGUGGAAGUGCAAGAUGUGCUUCGACUACGACCUGUGCACUCAGUGCUACAUGAACAACAAACACGACCUGUCCCACUCCUUCGAGCGCUACGAGACGGCACAUUCCCAGCCAGUCCUGGUGAGUCCUCGACAGAAUUUGACUCGCAUCACCUUAAAAGGGACUUUCCAGGGGGCUAAAGUGGUCCGUGGCCCUGACUGGGAGUGGGGUAACCAGGAUGGAGGCGAAGGUAAAACGGGCCGCGUGGUCGAUAUCCGCGGCUGGGACGUGGAGACCGGGCGCAGCGUGGCCAGCGUGACGUGGGCUGACGGGACCACCAACGUCUACAGGGUGGGCCACAAGGGGAAGGUGGACCUGAAAUGCACCGUGGAGGCUUCCGGGGGCUUCUACUACAAGGAGCAUCUCCCGAAAUUAGGAAAGCCAGCUGAGCUGCAGAGGAAGGAGAGCACAGACAGACACCCAUUCCAGCACGGGGACAAGGUGAAGUGCCUGCUGGACAUCGACAUCCUGAGGGAGAUGCAGGAGGGCCAUGGAGGCUGGAACCCCAAAAUGGCAGAGUUCAUUGGCCAGACAGGGACUGUGCACAGGAUCACGGACAGAGGGGACGUGAGGGUCCAGUUCAACAGCGAAACCCGCUGGACUUUCCAUCCUGGAGCCCUGACCAAGCUGAACACGUUCUGGGUGGGUGAUGUGGUCCGGGUGAUCGAUGACAUGGAGACAGUGAAGCGGUUCCAGCCUGGCCACGGCGAGUGGACGGACGAGAUGGCCCCUACCCUGGGGCACAUCGGGAAGGUGAUCAAGGUCUACGGGGACGGAGAUCUGCGCGUGUCGGUGGGAGGGCAGUCCUGGACGUUCAACCCUGCCUGCCUGACAGCAUACCAGAGGGAGGAGGAGGCAAACCUCAUGACCACAGAGAGUGCAAAGGAGUCAAAGAGUACUUUGGUGGCUGUUCUGGAGAAGCUGCUGUCCCAGAAGACAGAGUCAGAGCAUGCUGGGUGCCUGGUCAUUUGUGCAGCCCUCAACAACACAGCCAAGGUCCGGGAGCUCCUGCAGAAAUACCCGGACAAGGUCGAUGCCAAGAACCAGGGCAGGACUGCCCUGCAAAUUGCCUCCUACCAGGGGCACCUGGAGGUGGUGAAGGCUUUGCUGCAGGCACAUGCCAGCGUCAACCUGCGGGACGACGAGGGGGACACGGCGCUGCACUACGCGGCUUUCGGAAACCAAGCUGAGGUUGCCCGUGUGCUCAUUGGCAAAGGAGCCAGCGCAGACCUGUUGAACAAUGCCAAGUGCACGGCGCUGUACGUGGCUGUGAGCCAGGGCUUCACCGACGUGGUGAGGGCCCUCUGUGAGCUCAACUGUGAUGUCAACCUCCCGGAUUCCCAGGGAGACACCCCCCUGCAUUAUGCCAUCACUCUGGAUUACAAAGUGGUUAUUGAGAUUCUCACUGAAGUACCCAACAUAGACUUCACUGUCCAGAAUGGCCAAGGCUUCAACCUGCUCCACUAUUCUGCUCUGAAAGGCAACAAGCUAGCCAUAAAGAAGAUUCUGGCAAGAGCUCGGCAGCUGGUUGACUCCAAGAAGGAAGAUGGUUUCACUGCCCUGCACCUUGCUGCUCUCAACAAUCACAUGGAAGUGGCAGAAAUUCUCAUCAAAGAGGGCCGCUGCGACGUGAACCUCAAAAACAACCGGAACCAGACCCCUCUGCACCUGGCAGUGAUCCAGGGCCACGUGGGGAUGGUGCAGCUGCUGGUGGGCGAGGGCAGCGACGUCAACGCCGAGGACGAGGACGGGGACACGGCCAUGCACAUCGCCCUGGAGAGGCAGCAGCUCAUGGCCCUGGCCAUGGAGAAGCGCGAGGGGGACAUGGGACCCUCCCUCCUUGCCAAGCUGCAGGCUUCUGGCUUUCUUGGAAACGUAGAGCUGAAUGUGGGGACUGCAAUUGCCUGCUACUUAGCACAAGAAGGAGCAGAUAUCAAUUAUGCAAACCACAGAGGAAAAUCUCCUUUAGACCUCAUUACAGAUGGGAGGAUUAUCCAGAUUGUCAAAGACUUCUCACAGAAAUUCAGGGAACAGCAGGUUUCUUCGGAGAGCUCCACCAUCACCUGCAGCCUUCGCCGUGUGCACACCACGCCCAACACCAUGACCAACCUCAGCGUGUCCAGCGUGGCCGUGCCCACAGAGUGCCUGGUCUGCUCAGAGCUGGCCUUGCUCAUCCACUUCUUCCCGUGCCAGCACAGUAUUGUGUGCGAAGAAUGCUCCAGGAGGAUGAAGAAGUGCAUCAAAUGUCAAGUGACAAUAACCAAAAAGCUGAAACAAGACAGCACGGAGGUGGAGUGCAGCCCCAGCUCGGAAUCCACGGACCAGAGGAAGCUCAUGGAGGAGCUGCAGAGCCGCUACCGGCAGAUGGAGGAGAGGAUCACCUGCCCCAUCUGCAUCGACGACCAGAUCAAGCUGGUGUUCCAGUGCGGGCACGGCUCCUGCCCCGACUGCAGCACGGCCCUCACCGUGUGCCCCAUCUGCCGCCAGGCCAUCCGAGAGAGGAUCCCCAUCUUCGUCUAGGGCUGCUCCCGCCCCUGCCUCCCCCCUCUGCCCCCUCCUUGGUUGCGUUUUGGGGGUUUGGCUCCUCCCUGCAAAGCCCUCCUGGAGGAGAGGGAGGUGUCACACACACAGCUGGUGUCGGAGGUGGCCCCUCGGCACCCCCUCCCCUGUGCUGCUCCUCCAUCAUAAACAGCUCUGACCCGUCUGCCCGGGGUAAAAGAGCCCUUCUGGAGCAGAGAGAUGGACAGAAUUCCACGUGGAGAUGUUCCCCACUGGCAUCCAGCUCCAGGACUGCACCACAGCCAGUGCCCUGCGGGGUGGGUUUCCCUGGACUGCCCUGGAAGGAGAGACUGGAGCAGGAUGUUCCUCACCCCUCAUCCCGUGGCAGGUGGAGCAGGAUGUUCCUCACCCCUCAUCCCUUGGCAGGAGGUGGAAGAGCACACGCUGCACUUCCCCCGAGGAGAUCCCAGCUGCC